AUGGGUAUCUCUCGUGACUCCCGUCACAAGCGCAGUGCCACUGGUGCUAAGCGCGCAUACUAUCGCAAGAAGAGAGCGUUCGAGAAGGGUCGCCAGCCCGCCAAUACCCGUAUCGGCAACAAGCGCAUCCAUCUCGUGCGCACGCGAGGCGGCAACCGCAAGUUCCGUGCUCUGCGUCUCGACUCCGGCAACUUCUCAUGGGGUAGCGAGGGCAUCUCUCGCAAGGUCCGUGUGAUCGCUGUGGCUUUCCAUCCUUCGAACAACGAGCUCGUCCGCACGAACACCCUCACCAAGGCCGCUGUCGUGCAGGUCGACGCGGCCCCCUUCCGACAAUGGUAUGAGGCACAUUACGGUCAGAAUCUCGGCCGCAGACGCCAACAGAAGACUGAGACCGAGGAGGUGAAGAAGAGCAAGGGCGUGGAGCAGAAGCAAGCGGAGAGGAUGAAGAGGGUCGGCAAAGUCGAGACUGCGCUUGAGAGGCAGUUUGAGGCAGGUCGUCUAUACGCCGUCGUGGCCUCCCGACCUGGCCAGAGUGGCCGUGUUGAUGGUUACGUACUGGAGGGUGAUGAGCUCGCUUUCUACCAGCGUGCUAUCAGGAAGUAG